UUAUCUAUCUCCAAACCCCCAAAAAAAGAUGAAAAGAAUGAACAUUUUGUGCGCAUCCCAAGCUUCAACAGCGGUGCGUUCAAGCAGGGACCAAGCCUCGGCAUCCGCCCUUCAACUCGGCGGCCAAACACCCAACGCGAGAGACUCCAAAAGGUUCACCACAACCCUACCUUCAAACCUCUGUACCUCUCAGCCAUCGCCAAUCAAUCCUCUGCCUUACCAUCAGCUGAAGAACAACGAGAAAAAGUCUUCUAAUCAUGCAGUUUCGCCCAACUCUAAUGAUCUCAUCAAGAAGAAGAACGCUUCUUUGGAGCCAAUGGAUGUAAUUACAAGGAGAAGCACUUGUUCUGCAGAACAAGAUCAACCCAUUGCUUCAAAACUCUCUUCCUCUCAACACCAGGUAGUGGUUCUAAAGGUGUCAUUGCACUGCAAAGGUUGUGAGGGAAAAGUGAGGAAACAUUUGUCAAGAAUGGAAGGUGUGACAUCCUUCAGUAUCGACUCUGCAGCAAAGAAGGUAACAAUUGUUGGAGAUGUGACACCAUUACAAGUGUUGGCCAGUGUUUCCAAGGUUAAGACUGCGCAAUUUUGGACAUCGGCUGUUGCCUCAACCAAUCAAAUGAUGACAAAUUAG